UCGCCUCCGCCAUAGCAUCGACCGAACGAAUUAGAGUCGGAUUAAACGCGCGAGUGCGGCGGCCGCGCUCGCUGGCCCCACUACACAUAUACGUACGUAUACGCCCUAGGUAAGACGCCGCCGGGUCUCCCUCGCUCGUGCCUCCAUGUGUGACCGGAUUGCGUUUGUAAAAUCGAUCGGGGACGGUGGCCGCGCGCUGGCGAUGAUCUGCAGCUAAUCGCGAGGUCGAUGACGAGGGGCGAGCUCCCGGCCGCGUACUCCCGUCUGCUACACCAGAACAGCCGUCAUAGAGGCUCACACCAGACACGAUGUCGUCGAUUAGGUUGCCAUCGGUCAUAGUCAAAUGACAAUAACUAGAUUAAAGUGUCGGGAGCGCUCAUGAGACAGUCGUGUCAUCGUCUGCUUGAGCACCAGCAAGCAGGAGGGGAGGAACCUCCUCUGUACUCACCCAUCGAUCAAAUUUCAGUGGUACCUGAGCAUGUGGCCCGGGAGGGCGGAGGCAAGCUGACACGAUAUGCGCCGACGGAGGAGGACGAAGCCACUCUCAGGGAGCUUCUACUUAGCCUUCAAAGACAGGUGAGCGUGAUGAGCAUGAAUCUGUCCGCGAAACUGGACGACCUGCAGCGGGGUGACAGGCAGCUGGAGACCACGGUGGCGCUCUGCGAGAUACGCACCCAGCUCCAGGAACUCACCAAGAGCGUCGAGUCAUGCCAGAGUGAGGUCUCCGAGGUGAAACGCGAUAUGGUUGCCAUCAAGCAGGAGUUGGAUACGGUGCAGCAGGUGAAAGAGGAGAUCGAGGAGUUGCGGGAGUACGUCGACAGGCUCGAGGAGCACUCGCAGCGGCGGAAGCUCAGGCUACUUGAACAGGGCUUAACCUUCUUCUUAUCGUACGCCAUCUUGGCCGCAGUACUCGGAAUGCUGCAGUUUGGUUACAACACGGGUGUCAUUAACGCUCCUGGCAAAAACAUCGCUAACUUCAUGAAGGACGUAUACAAGAACCGGUACGGCAUGGACCUGCACGACGACACUGUCAACAGACUGUACUCUAUAGCUGUCAGUAUCUUCGCCAUCGGCGGCAUGCUUGGUGGCUUCUCUGGUGGAAUGAUUGCCAAUCGAUUCGGAAGGAAAGGCGGUUUAUUGCUCAACAACAUCCUCGGCAUCAGCGGCGCCAGUCUCAUGGGCUUCACCAAGAUAUCACACUGUUACGAGCUGCUCAUCUUCGGCAGGUUCAUCAUCGGAGUCAACUGCGGACUAAAUACAUCACUAGUGCCAAUGUACAUAUCGGAGAUAGCCCCAUUGAAUCUGCGCGGCGGGCUGGGCACCGUCAACCAGCUGGCGGUCACUGUAGGCCUGUUGCUGUCACAGGUGCUCGGCAUCGAGCAAAUACUGGGCACCGAUGACGGGUGGCCCAUCUUGCUUGGGUUGGCUAUCUGUCCGGCGAUCCUGCAACUCAUACUGCUACCAGCUUGCCCCGAGUCCCCGCGGUACUUGCUAAUCACUCGCCAAUGGGAAGAAGAGGCGCGGCGAGCAUUGCGGAGGCUAAGAGCUAGUAACCAGGUUGAAGAAGAUAUAGAAGAGAUGAGAGCAGAAGAACGGGCCCAGCAAGCUGAAGCGUCUAUUUCUAUGAGGGAACUUCUCUGUUCGCCAACUCUGCGCGCACCCCUGCUUAUUGGCGUCGUGAUGCAACUGUCGCAACAGCUCAGUGGAAUUAACGCUGUGUUCUACUACUCCACAAUCCUGUUCACAUCCUCCGGCCUGACGGACGAGUCCGCCAAGUUUGCGACCAUGGGCAUCGGCGCCAUCAUGGUGGGCAUGACGCUGGUCUCACUGCCGCUGAUGGACCGCACCGGCCGCCGCACCCUCCACCUCUACGGGCUCGGUGGAAUGUUCAUCUUCUCCAUAUUCAUCACCAUUUCGUUUCUGAUAAAGGAGUUCUUCGGGUAUGUGCAGGAAAUGAUAGACUGGAUGAGCUAUUUGUCUGUGGUGUCGACGCUGAGUUUCGUGGUGUUCUUCGCGGUCGGGCCCGGAUCCAUACCGUGGCUGAUCACCGCCGAGUUGUUCUCGCAGGGGCCGCGACCGAGCGCGAUGGCGAUUGCUGUAUUAGUUAAUUGGAUGGCCAAUUUCGUUGUGGGGAUCGGCUUUCCUACCAUGAAGGCACUACUGGAAAACUAUACAUUCCUGCCUUUUAGUGUAUUCCUUGCGAUUUUUUGGAUAUUUACGUAUAAAAAAGUUCCUGAAACAAAAAAUAAGACCUUCGAAGAGAUAUUGGCAUUGUUCCGGAAUUCUAACGGAAGUGUCAGAACAGUCGUCGGGUGGGGGCGAGGCGGGGCGGCCGCCGCCGCCGCUGCCGCCGCCGCGGUUCCCGGCCACGGGCAACGUUUGACAAUGGGAGACCGCUGCGCGUGCGCCACUCGUCGCGCCCAUCAAGGCGGCCGCCAACUUCUUGUUUCAUGGACUGAGGCGACAGGCGGCGGGCCGCGCAUCUAUCACUACCACACAACAAAUGUUCUAAAUCGAUGUGAUUAGGUUAUAACGAAACUAGAUAGUAAGUCACGGCGUACAGUUAAACAUAGUUCUUUAGUCAUUUUAUGACAUAAUUUAUGAAUGCAUAGGUACCAUAUAAAGUGCCAUCGGAUUCUUGUACCCAUUUUAUUUAGGUCUUCAUGAAAUUUUAUUGUGGGUGUCGCGUGUUUUGCGGGACGGCGGUUCGCGGGUAGACGUGUCAUCGUUCGUAGAUCUGUGUAAUUGCGGUUUAUGAAUCGAAAUAAAAAACGCUACCUAUGUAAAUCGGUAUUACAAGUUAAUGAUAGCAGAUCGAUGUAACAUAGGGUUGCAAGUUGAUUAUAGCACAACACACAUGGCUGUGAUAUCGAUUUAUGAGUCGAUGAUAGCGCUACGUAAAUCGGUGUGCCAGCAGUCUGGGAGUCGACAGCAGUGCUACAUUGAUUGAUAUACCAGUAGUCUGACAGUCAAUAACAACGCUAGGUAAAUUAAUGUGCCAGCAAUCUGGGAGUCGAUGUCAGGGCUACAUAGAUUAAUGUACCAGCACUUUGGGAGUCGAUGUCAGAGCUACGUAGAUUGGUGCCAGCAGUCUGGAUGUCAAUAGCAGAGCUACGUACAUAAAUUGGUGUGCCAGCACUCUGGGAGUCAAUAGCAGCGCUACGUAAAUUGGUGUGCCAGCAGUCUGGGAGUCAAUAGCAAAGCUACGCAGACUAAUGUGCUAGCAAGCUGGGAGUCGAUGUCAGAGCUACAUAGAUUGGUUUUAGCAAUGUGGGAAUCGAUAGCAGUGCUACGUUGAUUGGUGUGCCAGCAGUCUGGGAGUCGAUGUCAGAGCUACGUAAAUUGGUGUCAGCAGUGUGAAAGUCGAUAGCAGCGCUACGUAGAUUGGUGUGCCAGCAAUCGUAGAUUGGUGUGCCAGCAAUCUGGAAGUCGAUAGCAGAGCUACGUACAUAGAUUGGUGUACCAGCAAACAGAAUCUAUAGCAGUGCUGUGUAGAUUGGUAUACGUACUCGUAUUUAUUGGCCCAGUGCUACAUAAGUUUUUAAGACAACGAUUUACGAAUUGAUGAUAGCGCUACACAGGUUAGAGUAACGGUGAAUCGCGGGUCGGUGCGUUAACGGUCUACAGAUUCUAGCUUCUGAUAUUAAUAAUAAAGUUAAUUGAUAAGUAUGUUCAAUGAGAUGAAAAUAUUCAUUAUAAAAGCAGUAGAGUUUUUAUCAACUACAUUUUAGAAAGCAAAGCCGGUAAGGAUAUUGUUUUGGGGACAACAUGUUAUAAUAUGUACCGAUACAAUCUGUUAUAAUAUGUACGCACGGAUUACAUGCCAACUAAUUCUAUGUAGAGAAAUAAAUAAUAUAAAAUGGGUACGAUCACAGUACACUAAGAGUAUAAUAACGGUAACCGUUAAUUGACAUAGAUGUCACUAACAUGUAUAAAUAACGAUGUAAAUACAUGCUGUGACUUUAUUGUAUUGUUGAUUUUUUUUUAUAUAUAAUUAUAUUAUUUUACGAAGGUUUUUAUUCUCUUUUUACUCAUAAUUAUUGUUAUAACCAAUAAUAAAUUAUUGUCAUAUCUAAAUGACCGAGAUUCUAUUAUUAAAUUUACCGUAUAAAUGAAUAUAAUUGGGUGUCGGGAGAGAUAUAUUGCAAUUGCGGGAAUUGAAGAAAAAAAAUUAUAAUUAUUGUAAUUUACUCCAAGCAUCGUAAUAGUAAAGAUACGAAACACAAUUCUCACGCAAUGAUAUUUGUUUCUGUGAUUACAAGUUUUCAUUUAUCGCCGCCUUUAGAAUAUCCUUAAUUUGUAGCGUUAAGUGAUAAUAAAAAUUAAAAAAAAAACAUAUUAUUAACUUUUUAAUUGAUGAUGAAAAAAUGAAUAGAGUAUGGUAAGUUAUACAAUUUUGUGAAGACUUUUAACAAUGUAAAGCUUUUAAACUUGUACGCGUACGUACCUAGAAGACGAACAAAUGUUUAAUUACAUAGUUAGAUUCUGUAGUUACUACAGGGUUUAGUCAAUUUGUUCGUCCAUGCAUCUCCAACUGCUCAAUUCAAUAUUAAGAUAAAUGGCUUUCAUGUAUCGUUCGUGAUCGGUGCAUGCAGUGAGCACGGCCUAAUGUUACAAUGGACACAUGUCGUUCGCGAUGACUGAAUAUAUAUCAUUUAUUGUAAUAUUUUUAGCUCAAAGUGAUCGCGGGCGCGGCAAGCGAUCGUCGCGCCAACGGUUCAUAUUCUUGAUUAGUGACGUCACGCGAUUGACAUUUAGUAGUGAAUGUCAUUUGACAUUUGUUAGGGGACGUCGUUUGACAUUUGUUAGUAUAAUGCCAAUUAUUCUUGUAUGAUGAUGAUAGAAUAGAUCAGUUAUGAAUAUAUGAGACGUAUUAUAAUAUCCCUACCCCCGAUUUCUCUGAGCAAAAAUUGCAAUGAACACAUAAUCAGAUGUAUUUUGUGAUAAGUUCUAUUUUUGGAAUACCAAUAAAUGGAAAGAUUGAACGGAUUCAUGUACUCAUAGCUGUUGGAUUGUCGUGAAUAAUAAAUGUAAUCGCGCAUAUUUUUGGCUGUGGGUCGUGGCUUCACCUCUAGCGAGGCGGAUUGUAUUAGAGCGGGCUAACUUAUAGAUAUGCUAUUAAAAUAUUGGUAGUUAAGGUAUAUUAGAAAGUGUUUAUGGAAAGCGAAACAAAACCCCGCUUGUAGUUGAAGCACGACUAGAAUAUUUGGGUGCCACUCUUAACAAUGUGUUCAUUACGGCGUAGCUGUCAACAUUUUCAUUCUAUAUCUAAAUUAUAAUAUAAAUAAAAUAAUAAAGUUCCAUAUUGUUAUAUUCAUUUAGAAGUUAGUUGUUCAGACAAAAUGCCAAUUAGAAAAAAAUAAGACUCGACAAGAAGACACUUAAUAUUCUAAAUCUCCACUGCAGUUUUCAUGUUCUGUGUGAUUGGAAAAUGUUGACGGUAGCCCCAAAUCGAUAUGUGUGCAUCAUAUGAUCGACAAAAGCGUUACUGCUCGCCUAUCGCGCGUUCUAAAUGGAAGUAAUGUCCGUUAAACUGACAUAAUUAUAUAACGCGGAAAUCCUUAUAGAUGUAUCAUAAUCGAUGUUAACCGUCUAUUGAGAUUGUACAUUGAUAUUCGAAGCUGAUAGAUAAAAGUUUCCACCACUUAUUGCGAUUCCCUGCCGUUUUUAUAACCUACCAUCAUUUCUACGACCAUCAGACGUUUAUAUGACCAUCUGGCAUUUUUCUAAAUUUGCUAUGUAGUGAAUUCAUGAUUGGCCUCUACAUAGUGUAAUUUACACAUGUACACAUGAAAUGAACUAUGACUUGUCGACCUUUAAUCAAAUUUUUCAAACUAAACUAGUAGAGAAAUACGAUAGGAAUAAUUCGAGACACCAAAUUAAACCUACCUCGCCAAAACGGUUCGGACAUUGUAUUUCCGCUUUAGAACGCGCCUCGACCUUUGUCAGUGGAAUAAAGGAGAAGUAAUUUCGAUUGUUAGGAUAUUGUUUUCUACGCUUUAUUCGGUGUUAAAAUUAAUUUGUGACAGAUAGUUCGGAGAUUGGGUUUUGUGACGUGUGUAAAUAUUCUGUUGUAAUGAACAUUAAUUAAUUCAGUAAGUUUCCGUUGUUAGGUAAUGUCAAUUUUGUGAUAGGAAGAUACCGUUUAAAGAAGGGAAAUGAAUGAAUCCUAAAAAAAGACCGAUCGAAUUACCGAUAGAUCGAAUUAAUUAAACGAAUAAUGGGUAUUAUUAAUUAUUGGGUGGAUCAAUCAAUCCAUGGGACGUAUUGAAGUCCACUAACAAUUUUUUACUUGUUCUUGUUAUAAAUAUAAAUUAAAACAAUUUUAUUUUUGUAAUAUUAUUUAUUCAACAUUCAUUAAAAAAACACUUUUUUAUCAUAUUAAAAUUAAAAUUUAAUUUAAAUUACUUUUACUUUUAAUACAUUAUUAAAUAUAUUUACUAUCCCAAUAAUAUUUGUAAUUCGAUCUUUAUGGAUUCGAUCGAUUCACACUAUGAUGCAAUCAUUAAUAAUAAUAAAAUAAUUUAUGAAAAUGCAAUAAAAAAAAAUAUUAGAACUACUUACGAUAAGCGAUAGAACGGAUAAACAGUUUCUUCCAAACAACUCUAAGGUACAAAAUAUUUGUAAGGAAGUGUAAAUGAUGCACUCGUAAUUUAAAAUCUGAUAACAAACACUGAAUACAUUGUUAUAUGCAUUGUUAUAAUAUAAAAAUAUACCUUUGCCAAUGAACACUGUAUUCUGCAAUCCCUAUAAAAUUGUAAUUUACUUUCUAAAAUAUAAUAACUAACUUGGAAGAAUCAAAUUCUGCAUAAUUCUUUGACUUAUAAUAUGGCUCGAUUGUCGAAACUGUGGUGUUCGUCUUUAAACUUUCAAUUCGAUUAAUGAAAAUUCUCAUUAGUGGUAGAGAGAUUAUCUAUGGCUUCAUUUCCACAUAGGUACCUGUUAGUAAUAGUUAGUGUGUAAUCAAUAACGAUUUAUUUACUAUAAUAAAUUGCUAGCACAAAAAUCUCGCACAAAAAAAUAACGGCAUGGCACAAUAAAUAAUUAGAAAUAAUAUAACUAAUUACUGAUCGAGGAGAAUCAUGAAAUAAAUAUUAAUUUAUUUAUAUUCACUCGUGAGAUUAGACAACAUGUACCUGCCUAAUGGGUACCUAUUUAGAUAUACAUACAUAUGUAUUAGAUGCGGUAUUGAAAUGAAUGUUCACACCACAAUCUUAGAGCGUCUUUAAAUAUGUUUCAAUAGAAUUUAAGGUAACCAUGUUUUGUUGAAAUUAUCAUAGAAAUACUUUGAAAAUAUUAAGGUUUCUUCAGGGUCGGCAACGCCCACGUGACUCCCCUAGUGUAGCCAUCUACAUGCUACAGUGAGCGUUUACCAUCAUACGGGCUGUACGCCUAUUUGCCACCUUUGUGGUUUAAAAAAAAAGAAAUCGGUAACAAAUUGAAAUGUUCAAUCAAUUACCAUUUAUUUUUAAGCUACAGUAACCGUUUAUCAUCAGACGGGCUAUAUGCUUGUUUGCCACCGUAUAAUUGUUUUUUUUUUUUUAUAAAACCGUGGUAUAAUUUUUUUUUUUAUAAAACAUCAUCAGGCUGUCUUGUGGUAGGAUCAUUUAUUCGUUUGUUGCCGUUAUAUUAAAUUCUAAUGAAACAUAUUAUACAUGAAUUGUCAACUUUCAAAAUUGAGCGAGUUAUAAAAUUUUUGAAUGAUUAUUUAAAAAAUGUUUUUAUAUUGCAUCUCAUAUCAUCAUAUGGGUUAUACACUAGACAAUUAACAACAAAUUUUUACAUUUUGUAAUAUAUAUAUGUAAUAUAAUUUUCUCACUUAAAAUGCAUGUGUUAGUUUAAAAGAAAUAAUAUUUAUUUAAAUGAAUGUAAAUUUAAUAUUUUUUAUAAUUUUCAUAAUUGUACCGUCCAUUCGGAAGACAAUUUCUGUUGAGAAAAACGAGUAACUCGGUCGACUACUUCAUUAUCAACUAAUGCUUUAAAAAAAUAACUGCUAAAAAGCAUUAGGUUUUUUUUUUUUUUAAUAAGAAUUAUAUUGAAUGAUUAACAAUUUAAUUUAAUACAGAGGUACUUUUUAAAUCACUGAAAAUAAAUGUUAACUUGUUAUGUUUGAAUUUGGAUAAGUGAUAACGCUACUAAUCUUGCGGUGUAAACAUUCGUAAGAGACAGCUUUGUCAAACCAAAACUCAGUCUCAGUCGAACUAUCCGUUUACAUAUUAGAAACAAUUUGUAAAUAAAUUAUUUAUAGAUAAUGAAAAAAAGAAGAAACAAAUAAAUUCGACCCAAGCAUUGCGGUAUGGUGUAAAUAACGAUGUUGAGAACAAAACGGGGUGGACGGGCGAUGUUCGGGUCGAAUUACGCGAGCCCAUCAUUGUACGACGAAUGUAUGUAGGUAUGUAUGAUAUUGUUAAAUUAAUACAUAGAUAAUAAAGUAAUAAAUGCCGAUACUAAGUAUGUUUUGUGGUGUGAUGAUGUGAUUAUAAUCAGCUGUUACUGAUUGCUCUCUAAAAAUAAUCUUCAUUUCGCGUUAUUAUAUUAUUAUUUUUUUAUUAUUAUUAUUAUUAUAUCUAGGUAAUUAUAUGUCGGAGUAAGCGUAUUCUAAAUAAAUUUAAUGCAUAGAAAUUAAUAUAAAGAUAUUAUUCGUCUUUUACACUUUAUAUUUUCAGAGAGCAGUCGACACGACUAUUGUUACAUUACAAGUAUGUUUUUAUGGCCGUUUGUGUUCAUAUAAUUUUCUUGGAUAUAUAAAAAAAAAUUAAGCAAUUUAAAUUAUUUAAAAUUGGGAAUUGUAUGGAAUUUAUAUGCCUACAUCUAAAAUGUUUUACGAUAAAACAUUUGUGUAUCUAUUUGGAUUAACCAUUAACAAGGCAAUUAGGUAUUUUAAAAAAAAAAGAACCUGUCACUAGGCAAUCCUUGGGCUAAAAUAUAUUAGAUAGUGAUUUUUAUAUUUACAUGCUAUUAGGCACGAAGAUUUAUAGGUCUUUCGAACAAUUUAAACUUCUAACUGUAACAAUAAAUUUAUUCUAUUUUUUUUUUUGUUUAAAUAGAUGAAUAUUUAAAAUACCUAUUACUAUUUUAAAUAUAUGAACGUACAUUCAGCUAGUGUCUUGACAUCUUGCAUUGAGUACGAGUAGAUUGUUUCAUUUACUUACCAGAAUACUUAUUGUCAAUAUUGCAAGAGGUUUUUAAUAGCCACUUAAUUUAAAAAAAAAAAUGUAGUCAUACAAGAACGGCAAGCGUGAGUGCAUGUCUAUAUUUAGUCAUAAUUCGCAUAAACACCAAAACGUACAUAAACCAGGCAUAAAAUGUUCCAUUAAUGAGAAUUUCUCACAAAAAACGUACCAUAAACCAAUCAUUUAAUGAUUAAUAUGAGAAUUCCUUAC